AUGAAAUCAAAGCCUCAUCCAACAACGGUACAGGAUGGUAAUGACCACGGCAAUCCACUCUUGCAUAACAAGCGAUCGGCGAACCGAGUAGAGAAGGAAAGAUCACCGUCCGGGUACCAAAAGAAUACUGCCAAUCACGCAAUAUACCCCAGGGUCCGUAUCGGCGAGUCCAUCAUCAGUGGCCCCAUUGAGCACAUGGUCAAGGCAUUUCCUAAAGCUCGGAGCAAUCCGCUCACGAUUUUUACAAGGAGUCUGGAUCAAAGCCCCGAGCGGAAUGAGAUAAGCGGAUGUCGGUUUCGGAAGGUAUUUUUUACCGACGAUACGGAAGUUUUGAAGCCCGAUGCAGCCUAUGAACGCCAGCGGUACGUUCGUUUGACUGUGUUCAUACCGAAAAAGGAUGAAACUCACCCAGACCCGAGGGUGUUUGUGGAACAAAAGGUUUACCGUGACCGUCAGGACCGGAUCGUCUUGCAUGAACUAGGCUUCGGGGGACGCAUCCAAGUAGGUGCCGAGUAUGUUUUUGCAGGGUGUGGAGAUGAGCACUUGGAAUGGGGGAAACGCGAUCUUCUGCUACAAGUCCAAUCGCUGGAUCAGGAUAUAUUUGAUAGCUACAUGCAACGCGCUAAGUACUACGGAUACGAUCACGCGUACUGCGUUUACGUGAAUAGACACAUGGUUUCGAAUGGGUUAAACCAUAAGCUACCGAUCGUGGACCAGAGGACAAGGUCACCUUCCAGUAUUUGCUUUGAGCCGGGUGAUCUUCAGACUCUGUUGAAGGCCAAGGGUGUCAUGCAAUCGAAUUGUGAAACGCCACCAACAAAAGAAAUCGAGCUUCUGAAAUUGCGUUUGCGGGGACUUGGGAGUUGUACGGAGGACGGCAUGGCUUCGGGUGACUUUCACAUUCGUAUCAUAUACAAGCCUUGA